AUGUUCGGCAAUGAUUUUGAAAUAUCUCGGCUGGCCAUUCCAGCCGUGAGCAUCCUGAUCAGCUUCCUGGCUUACACGUCCCAGUACUUCUUCCUUCAUUUCGAGUCCGUGCCGCUCCGGAAGGAUGAAGUCUGGAAGAUCAACAUCUUCGCUCUGUGCAUCUGGGUCUGCUAUUUACGGUCCUGCUAUGUAGAUCCUGGCCGACUUCCUGCGAGCCAGAAGAAUGCCAAUACCAGUCCAGAAGAGAAGGCCCAGGCUACCCGUCGGCAGCGAUGGUGCCGUAGAUGUGAGGCUUACAAGCCGCCGCGCGCACAUCAUUGCAAAGCUUGUCAAAGAUGCAUCCCCAAGAUGGACCACCACUGCCCAUGGACAUCAAACUGCGUGUCGCACUUUACCUUCCCGCACUUUUUUCGGUUCUUGUUCUACGCUGUUGUUGGCAUGGGAUACCUGGAAACUUUGAUCUGGGAGCGCGUAUCUUUUGUUUGGGGCGCCCGAAACCUGCCCAGCUACCUUGGACCCAGUGUGGGGCAGCUUGUUCACCUGUUUCUUCUGUUUGUUGUCAAUAGCGUCACUGUGUUGGCCCUUUUUAUCCUCCUUGUGCGCACUCUUUAUUCAAUUUUGUUUAACAUCACAACCAUCGAGUCCUGGGAGAUCGAAAGACACGAGACCCUUGUGCGGCGAGCCCGUGUUCUUGGUGGUUAUCUUGACGGACCCGCAGGACAAAGAUUCCGAAUUAAGAAACAGGAGUUCCCUUACGAUGUGGGGAUAUUCUCCAACAUGAGUCAGGCAAUGGGAGGAACUAGCAACAUCUUCAGCUGGUUUUGGCCAUUCACGGCAACCCCCGACCGCAAAUCUGGUUGGGAAUUCCCAGUCAAUGACUUUGAAGCUCCUGGUGUAACUUGGCCGCCGCUGGAUCCCGAUCGCAUUCCUUUCCCAGCGCAGACACCCUCCACAACUGAUUCCCCAAUGAUGAAGACCUACACGUCUGCUCGAGAACAGGUUGAAGCAUUUAAGCGCCGGCAAUCCGAUGAUAUGAACCGCCGCCGGCCAUUUUCGAAGGUUCAAAGGCGCAAGCGGUUCCACGAUCGAUUCGAAAAAAUUGAUCAGAAUCAAAGCGAAGAUGAAGGCCAGCCCGGACCUAUCUAUGGCGAUGACUCAGAUGACGGUGAAGAGUCAUGGCGAAAUGCUGACGGAGAGCGCCUACAAGACUUUGGGGUCGAUGAGGAUGUGGAGUUCUACGACGAAGAUGAUAUCCCAUUGGGUGUCCUCAUGGAACAGCGAAGGCAGGCUUAG